AUGGCGGGCACACCACUUACUCGGCUGAGCCAUGCGCUCCGUAGUACUAGAGACGGUUCUCCCGCACUCCCCGCCUUGGCAUCAAUCGCAGAUAUAAUACUUGCCUUAGUCCGAGUCUGUGCUUGCUUCACCCGUGAUUAUGCGGUCCGUAACUAUCGCGUACGCAUGAGGCACGGAAAGGAGAAACGGACCGAUUAUCGGAGGAUGUUCCAAGUGCUGCAGGUUCUAGUUGCGGCGAAUUGCAUGGAGGUUAUUCAUGGGCUAUUUCCCCCCUCUUAUACCAUGGCUUGCCAUAGUAAAAUCUCAGACGCUGAAAAGCAGUACGGCAUGCGUCUUAUUUGUCCAUACCCCACUUAUACCUACAUGUUCUUCGAAGGGCGUGGUUCUUAUGUAACUGAGGCGUGCACGAGAGUACUUGAAGCUAGCUAA